GGAGGAUAAGAUUGAAGAAAGAAUUAUUUGAGCCGUCUGUCCGGUGUAGACAACCAGAUGGCCUUGCUACACGCUUGUGGAAGGCUUGUUUUAAUAGUUACUAGUCUGCUGCCUCCGCUGCCUAACACGGACGCUGAGCGUUGCCCCGAUUCCCCAACCUCAGAUUUGCUAGCUGGAAGCCAGUGUCAAGUGUUGCAGGAAGGCCUUGGCCGUGUCGUAUGCAGUCCGACUGCUCCUGGAUACACGCUGGAGAGGCCCGAACCUGGGACUUGGAGUCCAAAGCGGAAAUGGACUUUGGUCGGAUCAAUUGUGAGCUGGGAAAGCAUUGCGUAUCAUCUGAUAACGGAGCGUUCGUAUAAUUAGCAGUAAAUACCAAACCGCUCUCAGGAGAGUGUGUAGGAUUCUGCUCUGUCCCG